AUGUUAAGUGAUGACCUUCCGGUUACUACAAAAGAAUUAUAUGGCUGGUAUUUAUAUAACUUGGCGUGUGAAGUUUAUUAUGUUGCCGCAAUAACAGUUUUCAUUCCAGUCGUAUUGGAACAUCUCGCGAGCCAAGCUGGAUUCGAGCUUGAUCAUGUGACUCCAUGCAACAUGUCACAAAUAAAUUAUAAAUGCCAGGCAAAGUUUGGCACGGUAUUUGUUGAUACCGCAAGCUAUUCACUAUAUAUAAUAUCCAUUUCCGUAUUUCUUCAAGCCAUUGUAUAUAUUGCAUUUGGCUCUCUUGCGGAUCAUGGGAACUAUCGGAAAAAGUUCUUGCUUACUUUUUCAUAUAUUGGCGCGUUGGCAACAAUUGCUUUCAUUUUCGUAAUAUCAUCUGAUCUUUAUUGGUUCGCUGGACUUUUAACAAUCAUAUCUAAUGUCUCAUUCGGUGCCGCUUUUGUAUUUUACCUUGCAUAUAUUCCAACGUUUACUCGUGCCCAUCCUCGAGUAAUAGAUGCUAAAAGGGCUGGUAUAUCACCCGAUGAAUUAAAUAAGAUCGAGGAAAAAAUCGCAAAUACCAUAUCCUCUAAUUCUGUAAUUGUCGGUUGUUCUGCUGGUGUGCUCAUUCUAAUUCUUUGUGCAGGUGUCGUGUUGUUGAUGAAGGACGAUGCAUACAGUUAUCAAGUUAGCACUGCCAUUUGUGGUGCCUGGUGGCUUCUCAAUUUGACUUUUCCACUAUUAUGGUUGCAGGAUCCAAGUCUCCAUGCACUGAUUCCAAUAUAUGGUUUAAUUGGUUUUGUGGCUCCUUUUGGCCUCAAGAACGUUUGGGAAGUUUGGAUGUUCGCUGUUUAUUUUGGAUUCUCGUUGGGUGCUAUUCAGAGUUAUUGUCGAGUUUUGUUUGGGAGCAUAGUACCACGUGGUCAUGAGAAUGAAUUGUUUUCACUUUAUGAAAUUACUGAUAAGGGUUCAAGUUGGUUAGGUCCAUUUGUAGUAGCUUUGAUAGAAGAUGUAACCCACGACCUUCGAUAUUCUUAUUUUUUUUUAUUUGUUAUGAUGAUAGUACCAAUUUUUAUCAUUUAUACUGUCGAUGUUCAACGGGGUAAAGAGGAUGCUGAAACUUUUGUAAGAAAAGAAUAUGAGAUACUUGAACUAAAAAGAUUAUCAGCAGCUCCUAAAGACAUAAUUACAUGA